AAAUUAAAUAUUUUAAUAACUUCAGAGGCUAGAUAAGCAAGCUAGAUGAUCUCCGAUAUGGCGAUGUUCGUUCUUAAAGGAUGACUAACGAAUUAACAAAUGAAUCAGAAAACUUACUCAUCGAUCGCAGUUGAUAAUCAAAUUUUCAAUUAUAAUCAUCCACUGCUGCAUUAAACGCUGCACAAUUCUGGUCCCGAUGAUGCCUAUAUUUUCUUCGGAAGAAGAUCGCGGGUCAGGUGUUCAAAGUAAGGCUUUCUACCAAAAUGUAAGAUACCUAAAUUAUAAUAUAUAUACAUACAUAUAACAUUAGAUACGAUCUAGGCUGGUCUAUUAGAGAAUCUGCAAUCUUUAACUCAAUGCAAGUUUUAACGUACUCGGGUCAAUAAUACCUCCAAGCUAUUUUUAAUGACCGGGACCAGGUGCAUGCACGAACCUCUCGCUCGCGUAUUUGCUCGAGCGCCACUCGAUCACCAAAUUUCGAUUAUAUCGAGAGGAAACAAUCGAUUCGGAUCGACGUACCGAUUUUUUUUAGAUUGAUGCGGGUUUAUUAGAUCGUUUUUGCAUUCGAUGUAUCAGUGCACCAAUUAUUUAACCUUUAAUUUAGAUAUGUUCGUGCGAGAUAUGCAGCUGUGUGUGCUCGUUCGAAUUCUUACAGGCGCGGUUAUGAUGAUCUCAGUUCUACCAACGACGCGACGCUAAUACGAUUGUUUCGAUUCAAACAAGUGUCUUGUUGUUACGUGUUGUUUGUGGCACGCGUGUAUGUGACACCGUUCCUUUUUUUGGAUUAAACUCUCAUUCGAAAUGAUACUAAACAAAUAUUGUUUCCUGCUGAUCGUCGCAUGCUGUUUAUCUAUAGGCCACGCCCUGGAGUGUUAUGUGUGCACCGAUCAGGAAGGUAACAGAGAAAAAUGUUUGAAAAGCACAAAAACUUGCGAGCAAGGCCAAGACGCUUGUUUCACCGAGAUCAAAUGGGGAAGCACACCGUAUUGGUCUCAGGGUGCUAAGAAACAAUUUUACGUUUCUAAGAGGUGUUCCACCAAAAAGGAGUGCGAGAGGAUAAAGCACAGCAAUAUGGAUGAUUGCACGUACAUCUGGUAUCAGGAUUGGAAAUGUUCGGAUUGCUGUCAAGGAGACAAAUGCAAUUAUUAUGUCAUUUUGUACAACAUGAGGUCGUGGAAAACUGCGGACCUUCUGAGAGCCUUCGGCCGGAAGAAGGAUGUGACUCCUCAGCAGGACACCAAGCUGGCGAGGUGUCUGACCACGUUGGACUUAACGGCGUUAGGAAUCGGUUCGACUCUCGGCGUGGGUGUUUAUGUGCUCGCCGGAUCGGUCUCGAAAACAACCGCUGGGCCUGCCGUGAUAAUCUCUUUCGCCAUCGCGGCGAUCGCUUCCAUGUUCGCAGGAUUGUGUUACGCCGAAUUCGGGGCUCGAGUUCCGCGAGCCGGAUCGGCAUACGUGUACAGCUACGUGACCGUGGGGGAGUUCACGGCUUUUCUGAUCGGUUGGACGCUGAUCCUGGAGUACGUGAUCGGUUCGGCGAGCGUGGUACGCGGCUUGAGCACCUACGUGGACGCGUUGUUCAACAACACGAUGAGGAACGCGUUCGAAUCGGCGGCGCCCAUCGACAUCAGUCACCUGUCCUCUUAUCCGGACUUCUUCGCAUUUGGAGUGACUCUAAUCUUUUCCGCUGCGCUAGCCUUUGGGGCGAAGGAGUCAUCUGUGGCGAACAACUUCUUCACCUUGGUGAACCUGCUGGUGGUUUUGUUCGUGAUCAUCGCUGGAUCGUUCAAAGCUGACGUAACCAAUUGGAAAACGAAGCCUCCAUGCACGGAAGACAGCUGCGAUUACGGGACCGGAGGAUUCGCGCCUUAUGGCAUCGCCGGCAUCAUAACAGGAGCUGCGACAUGCUUCUACGGAUUCAUCGGUUUCGAUUGCGUGGCGACCACUGGCGAGGAGGCGAAGGAGCCACAAAAGUCCAUUCCAAUAGCGAUCGUGGUUUCGUUGACCGUCGUCUUCCUGGCGUACUUCGGAGUCUCCACGGUCCUCACCACCGUUCUACCGUACUACGAGCAGAACCCGGACGCACCAUUCCCGCAUCUCUUCGACAAGAUCGGCUGGAGCUGGGCGAAAUGGAUCGUCACGAUCGGUGCUAUCUGCGGCCUGUGCGCUAGCUUGUUAGGUGCCAUGUUCCCGCUACCUCGAGUUAUCUACGCCAUGGCCUCGGACGGAUUGAUAUUCGGAUGGAUGGGCAAGGUCAGCUCGCGUUUCCAGACGCCACUCAUGGGCACCUUCUCUGCGGGACUUCUCACAGGUGUGCUGGCCGCAAUAUUCGAACUGACGCAACUGGUCAACAUGAUGAGCAUCGGAACGCUGCUCGCCUACUCGAUCGUUGCAACUUGCGUGUUAAUACUGCGGUACGAAGAAAGCGAAGCAUACGAAAAGAAGGGAGAUCGUGAUCCGAGGUCUGUAACGUUCAUCACCAAGCAACUAAUUAACGUUAAUGGAUUGAAACACUCGACGAAACUGACGUCGCAAAUCGUCACGUACCUAGUCGUUUGCUACCUUGUUUUGUGCGUCUGCAUCGGUGUCAUAGCUUCGCUGUAUGCCAAGGAUAUAGCGAAUGGAGAAGCCACGAUCAUUGCGCCCCUAGCGAUUUUAGUAAUCGCUUUGCUGAUCGUCCUCACCUUCAUCUACAAACAACCGACUUCAGGAAAGAAACUUGCGUUUUCAGUUCCACUAGUACCGUUCCUGCCCGCACUCAGUAUUCUCAUAAAUGUUUACUUGAUGCUGAUGUUGGACAAGAUGACAUGGGUGCGAUUCUCGAUAUGGAUGGUUAUCGGACUCGGCAUAUAUUUCUGUUACGGUGUCCGGCACAGUAAAAUUAGGCAACAGAAAUGUCAAAAGCCGACUGAGAACGUUGUCAAUGAAGAAACAUGGAACACCAUAGACAUCCCCAAACUCACAUGACACCUCCUUUCUUCGUGUUUUAAAUUUCUAAUAAAAGACUUUUGACAACUCCGAGCAGUUACAGCAAUAGAAAACACUCUGUAUUACACGAAAGUAUUUGUCAAAAGAUGAUUUCAGACAAGAAUAACAUCUCGUUAGAAAGAAAAGAGAGGUUUGCGAUCGUUCAGAGUGAACUUCGAGUCAGCAGCAUUCCUGUAGCACCAUAUGUACUUGCUUUCUGUAAAUGUUCCAUUUUAAACAAACUAGUAAGGCUCCCUUUUGUGCAAUCAUCAGAUCAAUAUUACCAAACCCAAUCUCUUGUUUUGCCAGAGAUAAUUGCAAGAACCUAAAAAGAAGCAGUAUUGAAUAUACAUAUUUUUAUAAUAUACUUCUGAAGAAUUUUAUUAAACAAAUUAUUUAAAGAUGUAGGUGAAAACACUGAAAUCACUGUUGUGUUUUUCUACCACGCUAAUUUCAUGUGAUCCAUUUUCAUACAUAACCAGAAUUUUCAAAUUAAUGAAUAUGGCGCGAAUAUGAAGUAUAGAACAUACUUAGACGCGAAACUACCGUGUUCUUGGGUGCACUAAUUUCCUCUACGCAUGCGUUCGUAAGUGGGUCCUGUAAGGGUUGUAACGGGUUGCAACAAUUUGUAUAGUCCCCCAUGAAUAUAGCCUUGGAAAUCUGUAUUCAAGUACACAUCCGUGUGCAAAUUCAUAUACAUACAUACUAUGAACACAGGUUAAAAAGACAAAUAUAUAAUUAUCAAUAUAUUUUUAUCAAGAAUA